AUGAGCACGAUGUUUGGUGCUGUGGCACGGCGGGUGACGGCGGCGGUGGCAGGCCGCCGUGUUCCGUCCACACUUGUGGCGGUGGCGGUGCGCAACAUGACCGCCGGUGGCACACACGGGCCCACGCUCACGGUUGAGAUGGCUGCCGACAUUCAAGCCACCCACACAACCAACCUGAAGAACGACUUUAUGAUGUAUGCCAAGCAACUGGCAGACAUCAAGGAGCGCAAGACGGAUCCGUUCCACAAGCGCUGGCAGGACACCAUGAACGUGUUCAUGACUUCCCAGCUUCACACGCUGCUGUUGUAUGGAUACACCCCUGAUGAGAAUGGCAUGCGCGAGUUCACAAUGGCCUUCGACCAGUUGUCCCGAUCUGACUCCUCAGGUGAGGGCGUUACGGACAUGCAAGCCAAGCAGGAAGCAAUCAUGGCAGCGGUUGUGCCGCUGCAAAUGGAGGCCGCGGCUGCUUCCGGCUUCACCGGUGACGACGGGUUCCUCAAGAUGCAGUGCCUCAUGAUGGCGCAUUCCUCCGACGAGCAGAUCUCGUACAACACCCUCUCUGGCCUCCUGCCCGUCUAUCGCCGCGCCGGCAUCUCGCUUCAGCAGCAGCAGGAGCAGCAGUAGGCGUAGAAAGUCACAACAGAAGCACCAGUGGCAGAUGAGCGUUGGUGCAUGCUCCCGCCCACCACACACACACACUCACUCACUCACGCUUCUGGCAUCUCCCUUUGCUCUUGUUCGCUCGCUUGCCGAAUCAAUUGCGAGUAAACUGGCUUGGAGUGUCACAUCAUGUCAUUCGUUUUGGC